AUGACGGAGGUUGUAAGCUUCUGGGAAAGCAGCUCGGAUGACGAGUCGCAAGAGAAACGCGACAUGGAGAUACAGAGAAUGCCGGACUCCGACGAGGGCCGGCUGGUACAAAGCCUGGUGUCUUUUAUGGGCUCUUGCUCUAUCAACCUGCUCUUACCGUUCCUCAACGGCAUGAUGCUCGGGUUCGGCGAACUGUUUGCCCAUGAGCUGUGCUGGAGGUUCAACUGGUUCAAUCGCAGAAACAAAGGGUACAAGGUGUACCCGGAAUCUCGCAAGGUAACUGCACUUAACGAGCCUUCAAGUCCAGCUGCCCGUGGCAGGACUGCGACCAAGUUCCUCUAA